GGAGAAGAGACAAGGGGGCAUUUUAACAGCAGCUCCACUUGCGAAUAGCCAGCCUCAAUCCCGGCUCCAGCAUUAAAACCCUUUCCGCCCCCUAAAAACCAGCAUCCGUGCAAGUUGGACCAAGAGUUUGUCAGGAGUGUGGUUCAAAACUGCUUGGAAAAAGGGAUGAGGACAUCUGAUGAACCAGUUGGAGCUUGUUACCAGAGACCAUUCUCCUCUAUCCAUUAAAUCGUGCACUAUCCAGCUGUGAAACAUCGUGACGUUUAUUUUUGCUAACAGUAAACAUUUUUAAAUAUUGUUCUGUCUUUCUCCUACAAGAGUUCGUGCCAGUGCUAUUGGAAGGUUGCAGAAAAGUGCACUGCCUGUGCUGCCCUAGGGCUGUUGAUGUCCUCAGCUGUUGUAGGAGAAACACUAGACCUGGAACCCAGUUUGUUACUGGACUUGUGGAAGAGGAAACACAAAGAUUUCCAGAUGAAUAACCGAAAGGAAGAUAUGGAGAUUGCUUCCCACUACCGUCAUCUGCUGCGUGAGCUUAACGAGCAGAGACAACACGGCAUCCUCUGCGAUGUUUGCAUUAUAGUGGAGGGGAAGAUAUUUAAGGCUCACAAAAACGUUCUGCUUGGGAGUAGUCGCUACUUCAAAACGCUGUACUGCCAGGUACAGAAAACCUCCGACCAGGCCACAGUCACCCAUUUAGACAUUGUAACUGCACAAGGCUUCAAAGCAAUCAUUGACUUCAUGUAUUCCGCACACCUAGCGCUGACCAGCAGAAACGUCAUCGAGGUGAUGUCAGCUGCUAGCUAUCUGCAAAUGACAGAUAUUGUACAAGCCUGUCACAAUUUCAUAAAAGCAGCUCUCGACAUAAGCAUAAAGUCAGAUGCCUCGGAUGACCUCGUCGAUUAUGAACUUGGAGCCCCUUCCAGCAGCAGUACGGAUGCUUUGAUUUCAGCAGUUGUGGCAGGCAGGAGUAUAUCUCCCUGGUUAGCUCGGCGGACAAGUCCGGCAAACUCCUCUGGAGAUUCAGCUAUUGCCAGCUGCCACGAAGGAGGGAGUAGCUACGGAAAAGAGGAUCAAGAACCAAAAACAGACAGCCACGAAGACAUUUCGUCCCAGUCUCUUUGGUCUAGUGACAUGGGCUAUGGGUCUUUACGUAUCAAAGAGGAACAGGUUUCACCGUCACAUUAUGGAGGGAGUGAACUACAUUCUGCCAAGGAUAGUGCAAUACAGAACGUGUUCUCAGAACAAGGAGUAGGGGAUGGCUGGCAACCCACUGGGCGCAGGAAGAACCGAAAAAAUAAAGAAACUGUGCGGCAUAUUACGCAGCAAGUGGAGGAUGACAGCAGGGCAAGUUCUCCAAUGCCAUCUUUUUUACCUGCCUCAGGAUGGCCAUACAGCAGUCGAGACCCAGGUGCUGACGUGACAGUAACGGAGCCCAGCAGCUCCGACAGCAGAGUGGAGCGGUCGGACCCCUACGCGAACGUCGACGAAGCCCUCAUGGGUGGAGAAGCCAGCUACAUAUCUCAGCCCCUGACUCCGGAGAAGGAGGAUGCUCUCCAGGCUGCCACCGUCGCCAACCUGCGCGCGGCUCUCAUGAGUAAGAACAGUUUGCUGUCUCUGAAAGCCGACAUGCUGGGAGAGGAUAGUUCUCUGCUGUUUGAGUACUUACCCAAAGGCACGCAUUCUCUCUCUCGGCCUGGCACCAACUUGAAUCGUUCAAGGGGCGAAUGUGAUGGCAAAGUGGAAGCACCAUCCCCCCCGCUGCCUUCAUCACACCUUGCCACUCAGAGCCCCCCUGAGAUCUGCUCUUCUGGUGAAAUGUCACCAGAAGCCAUGAUAAAAGGAGAGGUGCCUUCCUCGGCCCAGGCCACUUAUGAUGGGUUUUUAGCACUUUGGCGGUUUGAUAACUCUGAUUUGGACACGAGUUUCUCGAGAUCUGAAGACACGGACGUAACCGCUGAUGGCCUGUUCCUGGAUUCAGCCUUAGCCAAGAGGCUGACCUGUGGUUUCUGCAGGAGGGUUUUCCAGUGUGCUGAAGAGCUGAAGGAGCACAUCCACGAGCACGCUUUCUCCAUGCUUCUCCCGUUCGACUUGGUUGACUGCUCCCGGCCCGGCCUUGCUGACAGUGUGCCUCCUGGCCAGCUCGCCCGCUUCCAGUGCUCCAAAUGCCCCGCCAGCUUCACUCUGAAGUCCAACAUGGAUCGGCAUGAAAAGACCAUCCACUUCAACUUCAACGAGUUCACCGUCAUCAGGAAGAAAUUCAAGUGCCCGUACUGCAGCUUUUCAGCCAUGCAUCAGUGCAUCCUGAAGAGACACAUGCGAUCCCACACGGGAGAAAGACCUUAUCCCUGCGAGAUCUGCGGGAAGAAGUUCACCCGCCGGGAGCACAUGAAGCGACACACCUUGGUCCACAGCAAAGAUAAAAAAUACGUCUGCAAAGUGUGCAACCGAGUGUUCAUGUCUGCGGCCAGCGUGGGGAUUAAGCACGGCUCUCGCCGCCACGGAGUUUGUGCCGAUUGCUCGGGUCGAGGCAUAGCUGGUCACCUGGACCACAACGGAGGAGAAGGGUCUCCGGACGAGUGCUACCCCGGGGAAGGCCAGUACAUGGAAGACCCAGAUGACAUCAAAGUGGAAGGAGACGAGGAGAUGGGCGACGAUGACGACAUCAAGUGGAAGGAUGACGUAGGAAUGUCACAAGAUGAUGUGAUUUUAGAUGAUGACAAAGAUGUCGACUCUCCGCAGGAGCAGGACAACUCUGGGGAGAACGACAAGGAUUUUACCUGGAUUUCUUAG